AUGGCUUCUUCUCAAGAACAAGAAACACAAGGAUCUGAUCCUUCAGUUGAUCAACCUCCAUUGUGGUACUUUGUGACUAAGCUCGAUAAACUUGCUGGAGCAGGAGGAUGUUGGAAGUUCAAGUGUAAUCUUUGCAGUGAAACCCGACAAGGAUCAUAUUCUAGAGUUAGAGCACAUUUGCUUGGCAUAAAAGGUACCGGGAUUUCUAUUUGCAAGAAAGCAACAACAACUGACAAACUUAACAUGACACGAUUAGAAGAUGAGUAUGAAAAGAAGAAAAACGAGUCACAAGCAAAAGAAGUUCAGUUGCCAUGUGAAGCUGGUGUUGGAUUUAAGAAAAGAAAAGGUAUUUCAACACCUAUUGAAAGAGCUUUUGGUGUUGAAAUUAGGGACCAACUGGAUCAAGAAAUAGCUAGAAUGUUUUAUACUGGAGGUUUACCUUUUAAUCUUGCAAGAAAUUCACACUAUGAAGUCAUCAAUGAAAUUGGUCAUGAAAAUGUUGUGCAAAUCAUUACCGAUAAUGCAGCAAAUUGUAAGGCGGCUGGAGAGAUUAUAGAGAGUCAGUUUCCUCACAUCUAUUGGACACCAUGUGUUGUUCAUACACUUAAUCUUGCUUUGAAUAACAUUUGUUCACCAAGGAAUGUGGAAACAAAUGAACUAACAUAUGAAUAG